GAAAUUAUGAGAAAGAGAGAGAUUCUUUUCCCAUAAAAGGUUUGCUUUAUAAAGAAUGUUGCCCUUUUUUGGGUUUCACAUAGCAGAGUUGUAGUAAGGGGGUGGAUAGUCUUUUCUGUGAUCUUUAAAGAAAAGCAAAGAAACACACAUCUGAGAGAGACAGAGAGAGAGAGAGAGAGAGAUGAGGGUUCCAUGCUGUGAGGAGAUGGGGAUGAAGAAGGGACCAUGGACCCCUGAAGAAGAUCAGAUAUUGAUUUCUUACAUCCAAAGUUAUGGCCAUGGCAAUUGGAGGGCACUCCCUAAACAAGCUGGUCUACUUAGAUGUGGUAAGAGUUGCAGACUUCGAUGGACUAAUUACUUGAGGCCUGAUAUUAAGCGAGGAAACUUCACUAGGGAAGAAGAAGAAACCAUUAUCAAGCUACACCAAAUCAUUGGAAAUCGAUGGUCAACCAUUGCAUCAAGAUUGCCUGGUCGAACCGACAACGAGAUCAAAAAUUUCUGGCACACUCAUUUGAAGAAGAGGCUUAAACAAAGUCAUCAUAUGGUAAUUGAAAGCUUGACAUAUGCACCAAUUUCUACACAAUUUUCCGAGUUUAUUUCAAGUUCAGAGUCAGACUCCCCUUUGGAGAAAGUUACAGGACCUGCCAAUGAAGAGGAGUACACGAUUAAUGCCAACGUCAAUGAUGACAUGGCUUUUUGGCACAAUCUCUUCAUGAAAGCAGGAGAGUAAUCACAUAAUAAUCUUGAAAAAUAAGACGAAUUAUGGUGUACCUUUUCUUUUCUUUUUUGUGAUUGUGGAGCUAAUAUGGAGUAGUUUUGAUACAUUGAUGGCAAUGAAAAGUUUUACCCAAUACAAAGAAAUAAAUAAAUUACACUACCACCACGAACUUACGAUUA